UGAACUGCCCGAUCCGUCUUUGAAUCUAUAUAUAUUUGAAACUUCACUAAUAAAUAUCACGUUUACAAUUAAAUGAUUUACAAUUACGGAUAAACAAUGUAGUACUACAUCGAUAAAUGAUGAAAAUUGUGAUUAUUUUUCCUAACGAAAACAUUUUGGGAAAGCAGUGUUGUGUUCAAACUUUUAAGCGAUAGUUAUAACAGAAAGCAAACGUUUUACUGAUUUUAUCUUAUCAUCUUACCGCAAGUUAGUUACAAUAUCUUACAAAGAAUAUUGUUAUUAUGGAAAAAAAGAAAUCAAUGAAGAUGUCGUCAUUGAAUAUAAUGGCGAAAUGUUUCUCUAAUACUUGAGAAAUAUAUAGUCCUGAAAAAAUCAUUGAAGAUUAUCAAAAAUGAAGAUAACUUCUAAUAUGAGAGUAUAAAAAAAAUCUAAUAUGAGAGUAUAGUGAUUUACGUAACAAUCUUGUUUGAUUACUCAAGCUUGAUUAUUCAAACUUAUAAAUCAGAAGGAGAACUAUUAAAAGUUGUAUAUGGUUUCACUAAACGUCCUUGACUGAUCGAUAUUACUGUAUAUGAAGAGUUUCUCUUUGAUCACAGAAGAAAAACAAGAACUAGCUAAUUAAAAGUCAAGAUCAAUGAUGACGAACCUUGUGGCAACGGCAACAGCCGCGAUACAAACGAAUGCGAUUGCGCUCGGUAUCGGAAAAUUAAGUAUCAUACCGAUUCUAAUAUCUGCUUUAACUUACUUCAAUUAUCAUCUAAUGGAUCCCGAAAAUCAACCUCAAGUCACGAAGAAUUUAUUAAAGGAAUAUGAUUUCAUAGUGAUCGGUGGCGGUUCAGCUGGUAGCGUUGUUGUUAAUAGGCUAACAGAAAAUCCAAAAUGGAGUGUAUUGCUUUUAGAAGCGGGUGGUCAGGAAACCGAGAUUACGGAUGUACCGAUUUUGUCUCUCUAUUUACACAAAAGCAAAUUAGAUUGGAAGUAUAGAGCUCAACCACAAGAUAGUGCUUGCCAAGCAAUGAAUGAUCAUCGUAGUUGUUGGACCCGAGGAAAGGUAUUAGGAGGUUCAAGCGUACUUAAUACCAUGCUGUAUAUUCGUGGGAAUAGGCGAGACUUCGAUCAAUGGGAAAGCUUUGGUAAUCCUGGCUGGAGAUACGAAGAAGUGCUCCCAUACUUCAAAAAGUCACAGGACCAAAGAAAUCCAUAUUUGGCGCGAAACGUGAAAUACCAUAACACAGGUGGUUAUUUGACCGUUCAAGACUGUCCCUAUAAUACGCCUCUGGGUCCAGCUUUUCUUCAAGCUGCAGAAGAAAUGGGUUAUGAUAUCGUGGAUGUAAAUGGUGAACAACAAACGGGCUUUGCAUUUUUUCAAUAUACAAUGCGCAGAGCUACAAGGUGCAGCGCAGCCAAGGCAUUUAUACGACCCAUUCAAUUUCGAAAGAAUUUUCACUUAUCAUUAUGGAGCCAUGUUACGCGUGUUCUCAUAGAUCCAAGCACGAAAAAAGCCUACGGCGUAGAAUUCAUUAGGAAUGGUCGUGUCGAGACCGUAUUUGCAAAGAAAGAAGUUGUACUUUCGGCAGGUGCCAUAAACACUCCUCAAUUAUUGAUGCUAUCUGGAAUCGGUGCUAGGAAUCAUCUGGAAGAUCUCGGUAUUCCAGUGAUCCAAGAUUCACCUGGUGUAGGACAGAACCUUCAAGAUCAUAUAGCCGUCGGUGGUCUAGUCUUUCUAAUUGACCACGAGAUCAGCUUGGUGUUCACUCGGUUGAUGAACGUAAACACAGCAUUGAGAUAUGCAAUUACCGAAAAUGGUCCUCUAACUUCGAGCAUUGGUCUCGAAGUAGUAGGCUUUUUAUCCACGAAAUAUGCCAACCAAAGCGAUGAUUGGCCAGAUAUAGAAUUUAUGAUUACUUCUACCUCGAUUAAUUCCGGUGGAAAACAAGCAGUAACCGCCCAUGGCAUAACCACCGAAUUUUACAAUGAAAUAUUUGGAGAUAUCAUUAAUCGUGAUGGUUUCAGCAUUUUCCCAAUGAUGCUCAGACCUAAAUCUCGUGGUUAUGUAAAAUUAAAGUCGAAAAACCCGCUGGAUUAUCCGUUGAUGUAUCACAAUUAUUUGACGAAUCCUGAUGACGUGAGAGUAUUGCGAGAAGGAGUCAAAGCAGCAAUUGCAUUUGCUGAAACAAGUAGUUUGAAAAGAUUCGGAGCAAGAUUUCACAGUAAGCCAUUGCCAAAUUGUAAACAUCUUCCUAUGUUCACGGACGAGUAUUGGGAAUGUGUAAUUCGUCAAUAUACGAUGACGAUUUAUCACAUGAGCUGUACUGCGAAAAUGGGUCCACGAUCCGAUCCAAUGGCAGUCGUAGAUCCUUCUUUAAGAGUAUAUGGAGUAGAAGGACUUCGAGUGAUCGAUGCAUCGAUCAUGCCUACGAUCACUAAUGGUAAUAUCAAUGCAGCUGUGGUAAUGAUAGGUGAAAAGGGUUCGGAUCUUAUAAAAAAGGAUUGGAUGUCCAGACGAAAGAGAAGUAAUGGGACUAUCUGAAUUUUUUUCAAUGAAUAUUAAACAUUUUAGAUAGUUUAUCGAAUGAAAGUAAAAUAUAUAUUUUUGUUAUUCCGUUGUGUAAAAUGAUUAGUAGAAAUAGGUAGAAAGCUUUAAAGAUUUAUGUUUCCUAUUUAUUUUUCUGUUGUAAGGAUGAUGUUCUAUACAGAUAAUAUGUGUUUAAUCAAAAAACUAGUUAUAUUAUUUAGUUAUCGUAAGGAAAUUUUCUUACUUAUAUUAUUAGAGACGAUACAUAUUUUUCUGUGAUGUGUUGAUAUUUACCAAUAUCGAAAAUAAUGAAAUGUAAGAAGCGCAAUUUGCGAUUAUUGUUACAGAUUGAUUCCUUCUUAUUUCAUCUUUAAAAACUCUACAACCGAAUUUGUUUGCGUGUUUUCCAUUUAGAAUUAACAUUUAUUACAUCUUGGGAUUUUACAACGGAAAACUGUAGUUGGUCCUCUUCUCUCUCUCUCUCUCUCUCUCUCUCUUUUUUCUUAAAAAUAAUUUUUCAUCUAUAAAAUAUGAGAUGGGACAUCCUCUCUUUUUAGAUUGUUUUCGUUUUUGAUACAAACAAGAAUCAACUUUUGUUUUAAAAAUUUUGGUAACUGUUCAUUAUAUAAUAGGUAAUCUUAUCUUUUAAAAAAUCAUUUUUAAACUCAAUAUUAGACUAAACAAUAUGUAACGAUACCACCUUUUUGAACGAAUUUUUAUCCGAUACAAUGCAAUUAAUCAGUCGACUAAGUUUAUCUCAUCCGUAAAUUCGUUCUAUAACGUCACUAUAUUUGGGCUUUCAAGAUCAAUACUUUCCUAAAUCUUUUUGUCCCAUCUCUUCAAUAUACUUGUUGGCUGUGCUCCAUAAUAUAUAUCUAACCAGUUUAUAGUCUUAUCAUCAUAUUUUUUUACUCACUUUACAGUCACAUCAUUCAUAUUUAGAUAACGUUCCUCUUAACUGUUUUUCUUUUUAACUUCUUCAUCAAAAUGUAUAAUUUUUCAAUCUAUUUGAAAAAUACAGUUGCAAUACUUUGAAUUUUGAUACUCUUAAGAUCUAUCACUAAAUUAAUACCUCACAAUAAAUUAAUACCUCACAAUUGUCUAAAUAAAUUUUGUGAAAUAAAAUUUUCGACACAAUUUUGGAUAACCUUAGAACUAAAGUUUCCUAUAAUUUCUUAUCUAUCUGAGCAAAUCUACCAUUUAUGUGAACAUAGAAUAUUCAAAGAUUCCGCAAUAUGUCAAUACUGUCAAUAUUAGAUCGUGAAUCCUUCAAAUGACAAAAUAUUUAUUAUCAAUCUUUAUUAUAAGAUUGAACACACAAUUAUAAGAUUAAACAAUUUAACUAAACUUCAAAUAUUAGGAUUAACAAUAAGUAAGAUGUCGAAAGAAAUGAAUCGCUGGAAAAGAUUGCAUGAAUCUUUGUGAGCACGUAAGUGCAAGCACUUAGCUUAAAGAGAACAUUGCCUACGUUAAAUAGAACUAUGAGAUAUAGUAAAAUCGACGGAAUUUUAUAUAAAAAAAAAUAAAAAAAAUAAAAAAAGAUGUGUUAUAGAAAAUUUCGAAUGAAAGAA